AUUUGAUUAUUGUCACUGCUCUCUGACCAUGCACUGUCCCUUCAGACUCUCAUUACCCAACUGAGUCAUUCGGAGGAGGCUGGUGUCUGCAGGACGUAGUCUAAGACCAUAAACCACUGUGUUCCAAGUGAAAAGACAGAAACAGGAAAGAAGAGAGCCAGGGGAACAUUCAAAGUUUUCUGGCAACUUCUAUAUCUGUUGGAUUACGGAUUGGAAGCAAACAAGGAACAGGAAUAUGAGUGGUCUGGAAGAUCUCUCUAGUUGAUCGGCAAAGGAGGGCUAGUUGGAGGGGAGAAACCAGGAGAAGGGUCAACGGGGCAUUUCAGUACACCCUAGUAUGGCAUCGCCUCUGCCCUGGCUAUACAUUAUUCUAUGGCUGGAAAAUGCCCUAGGGAAACUUGAAGAUGAAGGCAAUUUCUACUCGAAAAACAUCAGUCGGAUCUUGGACAAUUUGCUUGAAGGCUAUGACAAUCGGCUGCGGCCAGGAUUUGGAGGUGCUGUCACUGAAGUCAAAACAGACAUUUAUGUGACCAGUUUUGGGCCUGUGUCAGAUGUGGAAAUGUUCUCAGGUGAAUAUGUAAUAAUGACAGUUUAUUUCCACUUGCAAAGGAAGAUGGGCUACUUCAUGAUACAGAUAUAUACUCCUUGCAUUAUGACAGUCAUUCUUUCCCAGGUGUCUUUCUGGAUUAAUAAGGAGUCUGUGCCCGCAAGAACUGUCUUUGGUAUGCCUCACACUUCGUGCUCCACUUCCCUUCAUCCUCCACCUCUCAUCGCUUGUGUAUUUUGGCAUCCUGAUUCCAGAUAUCAUCUGAAGAAAAGAAUCACUUCUCUGACCUUGCCAAUAGUUCCAUCCCCUGAGGCCAAUAAAGUCCUCACUAGAGCGCCCGUCUUGCAACCAACGCCUGCCACGCCACCACCACUCUCGCCAGCCUUUGGAGGCACCAGUAAAAUAGAUCAGUAUUCUCGAAUUCUCUUCCCAGUUGCAUUUGCAGGAUUCAACCUUGUAUACUGGGUAGUUUAUCUUUCCAAAGACACAAUGGAAGUGAGUAGCAGUGUUGACUAGCUUGCAGCCAGGACAACCUGUAAUCUAUAGGUUCUUAUU